AUGGCCCGAACUUGGGGCCGCAAACAGAUCUUGGAGCCCCUGCUGGAAGUGCUGGAGAUGUUGGGCGUAGACUUGCCGCCCAAGGGAGCAGAGGUGCUCAUGAGGUCCGACGAGGAGGACAUGGUGCAGUACAUCUCCGACAACAUGCCUUACGACUUCCAGGAGAGUUUUGAGGAUGUCAUGCCGCAGCUCGUGGAGGCGGUCGGAUAUCUGACGAACUUGCGGCAGUCGCUUGAGGCAGACGACGCGGAUGCCGUCGUGGCGACGAUGGAGGCCGCGUUUGAGUCGCAGCCUCUGACAGCCACGGCUGCACUGCGCCAUGCCGUGGAGCACGCAGCAACUGAGGUGGCCCGGGUACGGUCGUGUCACACGACAUGGAAGGCUUCAACGGAGGCCCGGAUCUAUCGGCUGGAGAAUGCCAAGGACGAAGCGGAGAAAGCGACGCAAGACUAUCUCGUGGUCGAGGCGAAGUUAGCGAACUUCCGUGGCCAAACGAGCGACAAGUCACGGGCGUGCUUGAUGGGCAUGGCCGAGGGCAGCUCCAAGGCGACCUUGGCCAGCUGCUUCGCCAGUUGGCGUGGGACGACGGAGGAGGGCAAGGUGCAGCAGGACUUGCGGGAUAAGUACGAGGCGCAGCUCGCCGAGAUGCAGCAGCAGGUCCUCCAGUAUCAGGCGCUGCGGCUGCAAAAUGUGCGGAAUGCGAUGGCCAGGACUGUCCUAGAAAACUCGGACACCAUCCUGAACACGCUCUUCCAAACGUGGGUCGCGGACACCGCUCAAUGCAUCAAGAUGCGCGAGGGCAAUCGCCAGCUUGAUGAUGCAAGACUUCAAUUGGCAGCCGUCGCCAGGAGCCGAGCGGCCAGCGGAAGGAAGAUCGUGGCCCAAAUGCUCGAAGAAUCACGGCUGGGUCCUUUGGUCAUGUGCUACCAAGCCUGGACACAGUUCCUGGAGACCGAGCGUCGGGAACAUGCCACGGAAGAGAACAUCCGCGGCUUAGAGAAGGAGCUGAAGGUCCUGAUGGAUGCCAAGAAGGCGAAGCUGAAGAACGUGCUCACGAGCCUCGUGGACGGGCAGACCGAGGAUCUCCUCUUCGAGGUGGUUCAGGCCUGGGUACAGGCCUCCGUGGAGGAGCCGAUUGAAACUGGAGCCUCGCUCCCCCAGCGCUGCGCACCCCAACGGCCACAGCCGCGACGGGCUGCCGCGGCGGUGGCGUUGGUGCUGCCUUUAUCGAGGUCCUUCAGGAGACGGGCCGAGCGAUGUCGGCGCCGUGUCGCAUCGAUCGACGAAGCACCUCCGAAGGUCAAGGCUCGUGUCCGAGCCCUCCGCCGGCCCCCAGCCGCCUCCAUGUCGAAGCGCACAGCUUUAGAAAAGCCCCCCAGCCUCGACUACCUCGAGUCCUGCCUUCAGAGUGGUCACCUGGAGAAAGCGGAUCAGAUCACCCGUGAUCUCCUCCUUGCCUUCGCGGGCCCUGCCGCACUGGAGCGUGGCUUCGCACAGCCGGAGGAGGUCCAGCAGAUGAACCCGGCAGAUUUGCUGGCAGUGGAUGGCUUGUGGGUCCGCCACACGCAGGGGCGCUUCGGCUACAGCGUGCAGCGGGGCCAGUGGCGAGCGGCAGGGGAAGACUUCAAUGAGUUCCUCCAGCGCGUGGGCUGGCUACAGGCCGACCCCUCGGGUGAGCAGCUGCUGCGUUUUUGGCCGAGGAGGGAGUUCGACUACUCCUUGAACGCCGAUGAAGGCCCUCUGUCAUUGGUUAGGGGGGCCGAGCCGCUGUUGGAGCCGGAGACGGCGGAGCGCUCAGCGCAGGCGAUGUUUCCACUGUGGCAUUUCAAGCCCAAGAUCCAUCUGUUGCAAGAGAUGGCCGAAGAUCAGAGCGAGGACCACGGGAAUCCCCGAGAGUUCUGGUGCUACCGGGAUGAGUCCUGGAUUACCAUGAUCACCGGCUUCGAGACCUUCAACGCGCGGCUCUACCGCGCUGCGGCGAGGCGAGCCGUGGAGGGUGUGGAGGGCUUGUCGGUGUGCGUCUUCACCGACAAGGACAUUUCUGAAAGACGCGAUGUUGUGGAGGAGGUGCUGAAAGAGACAGAUGUGCUGUUUUGCUCGUUGGUUUUCGACUUCGACCAGGCUGCGUGGCUGAAGGAGUCUUGCCAAAGCAUCGAGGUGCGGAUGGUUUUCGAGUCUGCCUUGGAGUUGAUGUCUGAGACCAAGGUCGGCUCCUUUUCGAUGAGCGGCGGCGGUGGUGGUGGAAUGCCUCCAGCAGUCCGCUCCAUGAUCUCCAUGCUGACAGGUCAGCGGGAGGAAGACCGAAUCGCUGGAUACACGAAGUUCCUUAAGACUGGUCCAAAGCUGCUCCAGUUCCUUCCACAGUUCGGCCCAAUCCCGGACCUGCGGCGGUGGCUUCAAAGCUACGCGCUGUGGAGUGGUGGCGGAGGCGGCAACGUCGCUUCCAUGCUCCGAUACAUUGCAAGUGAAUUCGGCGGCUUCGAAGAUCUCCAGGCCGAGGAGAUGGAGGAGACCACAGCGGACGUCCCGCCCAAAGCUCUGGAGGUCGUAGAGAUUCCCCAGGUGGGCCUGCUGCACCCCGCUCUGAAAUUCGCCUUCCAGCCUGGGCCGUUCUUUCAGACCCCACGGGAGUACAUGGAGUGGUACCGCAGCUACAAGCCCCGGGCCAUCGAAGAGCGGUGGCCCGUAGUUGCGAUCUUGCUCUACCGGAAGCAUGUGGUGUCGGAGCUCUCCUAUAUUUUCCAGCUUGUCAACUACUUCGAGGAGAAUCACCAGAUUCUGCCGCUGCCCAUCUUCAUCCAAGGUGUCGAUGCGCACAUCGCAGUGAGAGAUCUCCUCACGAGCGACUUUGAGAAACAAGCGGUCGCGUCUGGCGCGGUACCGGCAAACAGGACUCUCUCGCCGGAUGCAGUGCAUGUGGACGCCGUCGUCAACACCAUAGGCUUUCCUCUCGUUGGUGGGCCCGCAGGCUCCAUGGAGGGGGGGCGCAACAGCGAGAUCGCGAAGGAGAUCUUGACGUCGCUGAAUGUGCCCUACUUUGUUGCAGCACCGCUUCUCAUCCAGGACGUUGCUUCCUGGAAGGACCAAGGCAUCGGCGGGCUGCAAGGAGCCGUCCUCUAUGCGCUCCCUGAACUUGACGGUGCCAUCGAUGCGGUCGCUCUCGGCGGCCUCGUGGCGGGAGGCGAUAUCGAGCUGCUCCCUGACCGCGUGGAUCGCCUAGCUGUCCGGAUCCGCCGAUGGGUGGCCUUGCGACGGAAGCCACCGCAGGAGCGUAAGGUGGCCAUCGUCGUGUAUGGCUAUCCUCCGGGUAUCGGAGCGACAGGCACUGCUGCUCUGCUGAACGUGCCGCGGUCGCUGAAAAGGCUCCUGGAGGAGAUGGCCGAGGAGGGAUACGACGUGGGCACGCUCCCGGAGGACGCGGAGGAGCUCAUCCGAGAAGUCACGGCAGGCGACCAGGCCGCCGAGACCGGGCAAAGCUUCGGCGACGCUGAGGAGAGCCUCCGGGGCGCGGCCUCCGUGGAAGUUGGGACCCUCGCCUCGUGGCUGCCCAAGGCGAGCCAGGAAGCCGUCGAGGGCGCUUGGGGCGAAGGUUUGGCGCAGAGCGGGAUCCGCACCAUGGGGACCAGGCUGCUGCUGGGCGGCCGGCGCCAGGGGAAGGUCUGGCUGGCAGUCCAGCCACCGUUGGGCAUCCCAGGCGAUCCGAUGAGACUCUUGUUCGAGCGCGACAUGACUCCUCACCCGCAGUAUGUGGCCUUCUACAAGUACAUCGAAAACGAGCUGGGGGCAGACGCCGUGGUCCACUUCGGAAUGCACGGGACGGCUGAGUGGCUCCCCGGGCGGCCGUUGGGGAAUUUGGGCUCGUGUUGGCCCGAUCAGUUGCUUGGGGGCUUGCCGCACGUGUAUUUAUACGCUGCCAACAACCCGAGUGAGUCAAUCCUCGCCAAGAGGCGGGGCUAUGGAUGCCUCGUCUCCUACAAUGUGCCGCCCUAUGCCCGGGCGGGAUUGUACAAGGAGCUACAGGCUGUGCGGGGGUUGCUGGCCGAGUUGGCAGAGCGCAGAGACCCAGACACAGAGGAGGAGGCCCGGCUUCGCAGUGCGGCCGCGAGUGUCGCGGGAGCCUCGGCGGACGCCCCGAAGAGUCCCAGAGGCGACGAUGCAGAGCCCAGCUUGGAGACUGCUGUGAUCCAGGCCGUGAUCUCUGCGGGGUUGCAGAAAGACCUGCCCUUGCCCCCAGCUGCGCAGCAGGUGGUCGCGACCAAGCUCAAAUCUGCAGACAUCGAUGCUGUCGCUCAAGAGGCUGCGGCGAAGUGCUCGGCAGAGGAGUUUGCCGACUAUGCGGGACGACUUCGCUUCCUGCUUGCACAGUAUGCUGCUCCUUCUCGGUCCCGAUCCUUUCGCCAUCAUUGA